AUGUUUGAUUCCUACAGCAGUUCCUCCUACUACUACAGCUCCACAACAAACGCAGGCGAUGGGAGCGCCACAACCGGACGCCGACAUGCAACAACUUCAUAUACCGACAACGAUGGAACAACCGUUGUCCGCGCAGUAACCCAAGACCUCGGCCAACCCGCCAUUGUUGAAGAGCGCCGCUAUGACCGCACAGGCCAGGAACAGCUCCAAAUCAAAGAAUCAGACCAUGGCACAUCAGCAGGCGGUAUAAAGCGCAUCACAGACCUCGACGAAGAAGAUCCAUCGGGUCUUGACAUCUCGACUGCCUAUGGCGGGCCUGCACCGGUUAUAGAUGAAGCUACCUCGUAUGACCUGGAGACGAAUCCAUUUGGGACGAAGAUCCUCGAUCGAGAUUCUGGGGCUUAUGAUGAGCAUAUGGAUUAUGAUACUGCUGGUGGAACCAGUCACCAUCGGGAAGUGAGGGAUGUGGAUGGACGGAUGUUUAAGCGGAACUUCGAUAUCGAUGGGAGGGUGGCGAGGGAGCAUCGCGAAUAUGAGAAUCCGAGGACUGGAAUCAGACUUGAGACGGAUAAGGAUGUUGAUAUUUCGGAUGUGAUUUAG